AUGGCAUUGGUCGAUGCUCUCCCCACCCUGCUCGACUCCCGGCGAAGCAGUCCUUUGGAUGACGAGAAGGGCACCACUGAAAAAGGCCAGAGAAGUUCAGUGGAAGUUGCCAGGUCUCUCGAAGACGCCGACUUCGACGAUCUCAGAAUAAUCGACAUAGACGAGAAUGGGAAGGAGAAGCCGAUCGUCACGGAUAUGGACGUGGCGACGCGACUAAUCUCGCUCGAGGAUGACCCAGCACUCCCGGUCUUUACGCUCCGCAUGUGGUUCCUUGGCUUGGGUCUCUCCUGUUUCGGCGCCGUGCUUGGACAGAUCUUUUACUUCAGGCCUCAGACCGUCUUUGUCAGCCAACUAUUCAUCCAGAUCAUCGCCUACAUUCUUGGCGUUAUAAUGGAGGAGAUCGUCCCCGGGCCUGGUAACAUUCGCCCCAAACUCCGGACGAAGGACACUGCUUUCUGGAGGUUCUGCAAUCCGGGCCCUUUCAAUCUCAAAGAGCAUGUUGCUGUCACUAUCUUCGCCUCAACCGCAGCGGAUUCUGCACUAGCCAUUAGUAUCUUCGCUGCAGAUGAUCUGUUUUACCGAAUUCAGCCGAAUGCGGGUGUGGGCAUAUUUACUUUAAUUGGGAGUCAGUUACUGGGGUACGGCCUUGGUGGGGUCAUGCGCUCGUUUCUCGUCUAUCCGACCUAUAUGGUCUUCCCCAACUUGAUUCCUACCGUUCAGCUAUUCGAUGCGCUCCACAGAGGGAAGAAGUUGUUCCUUCAGAAGAAGCGUGUUCAAUUUUUCUGGAGUGUCUUUAUCGGGAUCUUUGUCUGGGAAUGGUUCCCAGAAUAUAUCGCGCCAACACUCACUGGUAUCAGUAUUUUCUGCCUUGCGAACCAAGACAGCGCAUGGUUCACUCGUAUCUUUGGUGGCGCUGCUGGUAACGAAGGCCUGGGAAUGUUCGCUUUUUGUUUAGAUUGGAACUAUGUUGGCUCAGGCGGGGGUUCUAUGGGUGCUCUGUUCACCCCGCUGUCAACUCAGCUUUCACUGUACUUCGGUACAGCUAUUUGCAUUAUUGCCUUCUGUGCCUGCUACGCAAACAACGUAUGGAAUGGACAAAGCUAUCCUUUCCUAUCACAGCAGCUCUUCUUCCCCAAUGGCUCCCAAUUCAACCAGCUCGCUAUUCUGAAUGAUCAAUUCGUACUUGAUCGUGCAAAGUUGGAUGAAGUAGGUCUCCCAUGGUUCGCCAGUUCCCAAGUCCUCACAAAAAUCGGUUCCAACCUUGCAAUUGGUGCGACUAUCACUCACGUCGUUCUUUGGUACGGAAAGGAUAUCAUUAAGGUUAUCAAGAACUAUAGAGACGGUGACAACGCUGAUCCUCACUACGAGAAGAUGAAGAUGUACAGUGAAGUGCCUAUGUGGUGGUACCUCGUAGUAUUCCUUGGUAGCUUCGCUAUGGCUAUGGCUACCAUGUACACCGGUCACUCAGGUCUCCCAUGGUGGGGAUUGAUUGUUGGUAUCAUCAUUUCCGCCGCCUUCCUUCCAUUCGUCCUCACCGUUUAUGCAAUCACCGGAUUCUCUCCGGACAUUCAGAAUCUCGUGCAGAUGCUUGGAGCGGCUAUGAUCCCCGGCAAUCCCCAAGCUAACAUGUAUUUCACUCUCUACGGUUAUAACACCCUCGAACAAGCCCGUGGCCUCACUCGGGAUCUGAAGAUGGGGCAAUAUACGAAGCUUCCUCCUCGUGCGACCUUCACCGUUCAGUGUCUUGGCUCUGUAGUUGGCGGUCUCUUGAACUACGUCAUCAUGAAAUCUAUCAUAUCAUCCCGCCGAGAGAUCCUACUCGACGUCCAGGGUUCCAACGUUUGGUCCGGUCAACAGGUUCAGUCGUUUAAUUCGGAUGCCAUUUCUUGGGGUGCCCUUGGCGCUGAGCUGUACGCCCCUGGUGGUCGCUACUGGAUGGUUCCAUUCGCCGUACUCAUGGGACUCGCUGUUCCCAUCCCAUUCUGGGUUGUCCACAAGUUCUUCCCCAAGCUCAAUGCAGACAAAGUCGUCACACCAAUUCUAUGCUGGACACUCGGAUACCUCAGUGUAGGAAUCAACUCGUCGGUCUUUACGACGUUCUGCCUCGCUGUCUUCUCGCAAUAUUAUCUCCGCCGAUACCAUCCUGGUUGGUUCCGCAAGUACAACUUCCUGAUGUCUGCUGCCCUGGAUGGUGGAACGCAAGUCAUGGUCUUUGUCUAUACCUUUGCAGUCGGAGGCGGAAGUGGCAACGUUGUAGAUUUCCCGAGAUGGGCUCUGAAUCCUGCAGGGAACCCUGAUUACUGUCUUCGACUCACGUAG